CUCUCCUUACUGCUAAUCUCUAGUAUUUCAUCAGUCAUUCGUUUGCUUCCCUCUCUGAGGGUCCACAUUCAUUUGCCUAUUUCAAACACCAACUACCAUAAUGAAGCUCUCCUUCGGACUCAUGGCCGGUCUCGCCGCCUCGGCCAUAGCUCAGGACCUUCUCUUCCUGGAGGGCCUUGAUUACGACGAGUACGAUGAAGCUGUAGCGCUCGGCUUCUCCACCCAAACUGUCACCGAGGAGGAAUGGGCCGCCAUGACCACGGCGGACUUCGCCAAGUACAAGGCGAUUGUCGUCCCCGACCCGAGCUGCGGAAGCGUCAGCAGGAUCAAAUUUCUUGAGGAUUCGAGGGAUGUGUGGAGCCCUGCUGUUACCGGCAACAUCAUCUUGAUCGGGACCGAUCCGUCCUAUCAUUUCAACCAGGGCAAGGCGAAGACGCUCAUUGACAAUUCGAUCAAGUUUGCCGCUGCUGGAACGACGCCUGCUGGCGUUCCGCAGACUGGCCUGUACUUCGCUCUGUCGUGCUACUACGAGGACGAGGAGAGCGCUAAGGUAGAGGCUCUUUCCUACUUUGGUGACUUUACGGUCCGCGGUAACUUGGACUGCUACAACCAAGUCCACCUCGUAGCGACCUCCGGUGCCAUGGAUUCUCUCGAUGAUGAGUCUCUCUCGGAUUGGAGCUGUAGCGUCCACGAAGCCUUCUCGUCGUAUCCUUCCGUCGGCACCAACGGCUUCCAGGCUCUCGCUAUCGCGGAAGACAUCCUGGGAGUCGGCUCUCAGACCUUCGGUGACGGCACGGUUGGCCUUCCGUACAUCAUCUCCCGCGGUGCCACUCCUGCCAAGUGUGGUGAUGGAGUCUGGGACGAGGAGUUCGGUGAAGAAUGCGACGACGGCAACAUCCUCAACGGCGACGGUUGCUCUCUAAGCUGCAAGUGCGAGUCCGGCCUUCCUAAGGGUGAUGGAACUUGCUACCCCAAGAACGGCACCACCCCUGAUGGCCCUACCGGUACCGGCUACUCACACCCGCCGACUCCGUAUCCUACCGGCUACCUCCCCUCAGUCCCCUACGGAAACGCAAGCGCCACCCCGACCUACUACCCUCCCGGUGGCCACCCUACCUAUUCCCCACCACCGUACGUAACGCCCUCCUGCCCUACGGGUCCCAGGAUUAUUGGUGUCGAAUACAUCGUCGAAGUGACCUACUCCGCCACCGAAUACGUGCCCUGCACCACGAAAGCGCGCCCCAUCUACGACGUCUCGACCUCCGCUCUUCCCUGCUACGUCUGCGCCAUGUCUAGCGAGCACAUCACCUACACUUCCACCGAUUUUGUCACCGUGACAACGACCACAUGCGUUGAUGACUCGACACCGACAACAUACAUGCCGCCCGUUGUCAAGCCCUGCAAGACAUGCGAAACGCAUACACUUACGGAGACUGAGUGCUUCGAGGGUGUAUACACAGAGUACUCUGCGAUGCCGUAUGUGACGCCCACGCCGCAUGUGCACACCAGCAUUGAGGUGGAGGAGGAGACCUACACGUAUACGUAUACGCCGGCCCCGGUUUGCACGAGCUGUGCUGCGUAUGAGACAAGCCUGGUUACGUAUCCGGCGGGCACGGGCGGGUAUUAUCCUACGGCUACUACGGGUGUUGUGGAGUUCACGGGCGCCGCGGUGCCGAGGGAGGUGAAGGCUGCGGGUGUUGUUGGGGGUGUGGUGGUUGCGCUUGCCGGUCUGUUGUAAGUCUUAGCAGACUACCUACUAGGACCUAGAAGUGGAGAGGAUGAGAGGGAGGCGUUGGGGUGGAUUUUUUGCCUGUUCGUGUAGAGGCAGGUGGUCUGGAGGUGUAAUAGGGCUCUUCUUGUUGUAAUAUAUCUUGCUUUGCUG